AUGGAUUACUUACAAAAAACCCUCAGUUUGGUGCUCGUCGGCUUGACGACAGUUCUUACGCGGGCUCAAAAGCUCUCAGAAUACGCCGCACAUCCAAUCGGCGUCUUCAAUCCAUAUAACUUCCAAUACAGCGUUGAUCACCCCGACGGCUCUCUAAGCUCUCGCCUGGAAAAAGGCGAUCAGAGUGCCGUCACCGGUUCCUACCAGAUAGUCGGUGCAAAUGGUUUGCAGCGGACCGUAAACUACAUCGCGGACACUCGUGGCUUUCGUGCAUUCGUCGACUCAAACGAACCGGGAGUGAAAAGCGGGGAGUACCCACCUUCGGUGCCGGAAACUGAUGAGUACAAACCCAGUCGGUAUAAUCUUGAACCGAAGCCCAUACCCACGCCUGAUCCGUCGCCACCAGCGCGCCGUGUGCCUGCCUCACACCAAUCACAGAUUCGUGUACAACAUAAAGGUGCCACAUUUUCAUCUCAUAUCGACUUCGGGCCUGCAGAUCACCUUCACGAUGAGUACGGCAAUAUUAUUUCCCUCACGAAAUCCGGAAAUGGGACUCUUCCGGAAAACCCCAUUACCACCGUACACAGACCAAGCAACACUACUUUUUCGCUUUACCAAGAAAAGCCUGUACGAGGAGCGAACGGCCAACCAUUGUACGAGGAGUUUGUUCCUAACCAAUUCUCACCAACGCGACCUUUACAUAUCGUAGGACAAGCGCCAACUGAGAUCAGGCAUGAUAACGAUGGCUUACAUAUAGGCCAUCAUGGGACGCGAGCCGGAAGACGCCUCGAGGAUGUAAAUGCAGUAUCAGGUGUUCUCCAUUUAAAUAGGCAACAGCAGGUACCACAAAGCGAUGUGCCGGCUAGGCUCAAUGACGGGCGCCGCUUUCCUCAAAAAGGGGCCGUCAGCGAACAGGUUGCACAUAGCCCUACGCUUUACUUCAGUACAGCCAACAAAGAAGAAGAAGGCGGUGCUAUUAUAACGAAGAACAAUUUGAACCCUCCUGUAAGGAUCGUCCCUUCCGGUGGCGGUAUUGCUCAGCAGGGCACUUCAUUCCGUGCUUCCGUUCCGAAGCCCCAAAGUCACAAUCCUAAAAAUAUCCCCCUUGGACCCCGAUACGGGCAGCUAGGCGAUUCAGCAGACCAUCCUAGGCAGCCGACGUAUCCCCAUGCCGAACUGGUUUCUGUCAAUGUAGAACCAUUCGACAAACGACUGGCAGACGUAAAAGGCGAGUAUUACCUUCGCGGCCAUGAUGGCGAGCUGCGCAGAAUUGUCUACGAGGCUGGUAAAGAUGGAUUCCGUGCCCACGUCGAUACAGAUGAAUUAAAGGUCGUUAGUUAUAAACCAAUCGACGUUGAUACCAGUCCCGAUAGAAAGUAUCAAGCUUACCCUGUAAAUGUUGACAGUCCGAAGAUAGUCGGCCAGGGAGAUGUUUUUAAGUUAGAUAAGCCUCUUGAAAGGGGACCUCGGCCUACGCUCUACCUUGGCCAUGACCUUCGCAGCACGGAACCAGCGCCCUUUAGGACGAGAACACUUGCGUCACCCAGGGUACAAAAUCAAGUGCCGGUUUCAGUGGACAUAGAAGAUCUAAAAAGGCGACCAAUACACUUCGUUGACGAUAGCCCACUCGUUUUAUCGCCACCACCAAAGGAGCCUGCUCAAACCCCGCAUUAUUAUCAGACACCCCAAAAUAGCCCGCAUCCAACAACAACCCAGAGUUCUCGUCAAACGUUUACGUCCCAAAGUCCUAAGUCAAAAUCUUCCUUGCAAGGCACAAUCUACCAGGAUCCUUACAAAUUCCAAACCAGUCCUAGGCCCCAUGUGUCAAUGACAGUUCCGCCGAAUCCCUCUCAUCAAACGGCUGCUCCUGGACAGAACCGUGUUGGCAGAAAAUUCUCUGAUGGCACAGUAACGCAGCCAGGAUACGCUACUCACGAUCAGAGUUUUCCUCAGCAGCAGAGGCACGUGCUCAACGGCUCCAUAACGGAACCUCGACUCUUAGUUGAUCCCUCGGACGAAGUGCAACGUCAGCCAGGUUUCUACCGGCAACCUUAUCAUGGAGCUGGUUUUAAAUACCAGCACACCGCAGUACAUGAGCCGUUGUCACCUCAAGCACCGAAGGGAACACCAGAGUUCAAUCCACUUGAUGCACACCGACGGUUGCCGUCUGCACAGCUUUCCCAACAGCCUGAAGACGCUUCUGCACCAAAAUUUAACUCUCAUUCUGAAGUCCCAUCCAGACACUAUCAGCCUACCCAGAAUCAAAAUGUAAUUAGAGAACAAGUCCCUGAGCUAACUUUCGGGUCACUAAUGGGACAAUCGUUUCCACAUAGUCCUGUUGUUCCUCAAAACCCAUGGCAGAAUACGGGCCAUCUAAGUACUCCGCCACAACCUGAUGUCCGAUUUCCGAGUGCCCAACUUGUGCAGUCUAUUGUCCAGCCCGCAAGACCAUUUGACCGCAACACCCGAAUACCUGUAGGACCAAAUCAGUUUGGGUCUCGAAGACAAGCACAUCAACCAAACGUCCCUGCUCGAGAAAACCUGACCAACGUCAAAUCAAUGUCCAAGGCUCAGCAUCCAGCAGCCCGUGCCUUCGGUGAACCUGUUAUAUCUCCGAAUUUAAAAGUACCCGCUUCAGAGGCGAUUCGCACAGGCCCUGGAACAGAAGUAAAUCCAGCCCCGAUAAAGCACUUUGGCCCACCUGGUGCAACUCCCCUUCCACCCAUAUUUCAGACAACAGGCGAAAAAGUAUCGUAUCACCAAACUUCGACCACUUCGGCCCCUACAUCAGAUUUCUCUAUCCACUCUCGAUCUGAACGAACCUCUCCAAAUGAUCGACUUAGUGGAAGAGGACGUCCUACAACGCCUGCACGCGGUUCUCGUAAGUUGGACCCAACACAACCUCUGCUGCGGAUGUACGACAACGGAGUGGUAAUUGGGGGUCCUGAACCUCAGAAGAUAAGCUAUGAUCCUAUCAAUGACGAACCUCUUCGGCACCAGAAAAGCCUACGCGGCCAUAACGGUAGCAACACACUGCAGAGUGGCUAUGCGCCCCGAAACUUCUUUCCGUCGGUUAUAUAUAACCCACAGGAUCAGGAGGAUCAUUUGAGUGACUUCAAUAAGCAAACCAAUGCCCCCGAUCUUAAUGCUCGCCUGAUAGGCGAGACAGUGACACCGACGCAACCCGGUUCACGUCCAUCCAGAUUGCCGUCAGUUCCUACAACAGUCUCUCCUACACCCGAACUAAAAUCAUUUAGCCCUGCUAAUAAUGCUAAUCUCAUGUCGUUUGAAGUAAAAAGGGUUACUCGCCGCAGGCGUCGAAGGAAGCAGCGACCCGUCGAUGUGCCCACAGCCGACAUAUCGAUUCUCCCCACCCCAGAAGCAACACCCCCUACCAUCUCCAGCUACAACUUUGCUGAGCUCGGCCCUGCUCCUGUCCCAGCUCCCCGAGAUCCCUAUGCUCUACAGCCUCACACCCGACCCCCAGCAAACCCCGACUUGCGAAACGGCUCACGACCAGUUUCGACCCCUCAGCCUCCUUCUCCCCCUGUACCUACUUUUUCCACGGUGGCUACCCCGAGCAGUAAAGGCACCCACAAGGAGAAUGCUGGGAUUUCCUUUGGUACCCGACUGCGUCCAGAUCAAGUUUAUAUACCUCAGCCACGCGAGAUUUCUCUAAAUAAUUAUGCUUAUACCACACCGUCUGGUAUUAUGAGCUUCUACAAUGGCGAAAUUGCACCAGUUAAUUUGGACCAGAAAAUGAUAGGCCUGAAUCGACAGCCCUUACCUCCACCAAAACGGAAAAUUUCCCGAAGGCGUCGCUUAAAACCUCAGCGAAUUUUUUCGGUAAAUCCAGCAAACCUUGACCAGAUUUAUCCUAAUCUGCCAACAUAUACGCCCGCGCCUGCGGACUUCGGAUUUAGCAAUGGCGUACCUAAACUAAAAACUCCAUACGAUAGGCCAGAUUUCCGCUCCGGUGCUAAUGCCAAUCUCCCAUCACUUAUCAAUCAGAGAAAGCAGAAGAGCCUCUUCACGACGACCAACAAUCCUUUGGAUUUAACUCCAGUUCUCAGACAAGAACCACGUCAUUCGCCUUCGAAGUAUUACGUUCCUGCUGCGACAGAAUCGUCUGCUACAACUGGUCUACCAGUGCCCACUACAGCAAGACCUCGCCUUCCAGGAUUCCCUAUACCUUCAGUAGCAGGUGUUACAACAGCAUCGAUUAUUGGUCUAGUACGUAAUCAGUCGAGUUUGUCUCCGAGAGAAUCACCGAACCAGAAUCUCGCUCAUCUGCCUGAAAGAAACCCAGAGAGCUUGUUUAAUCGAUCACGCAGUCAAAAGCCCAAUAACAUGUUUGGAAACAAUAACGUUUACGUGAAACAAACCGGUAUUCGCCAAGAAAUGCAGGGCCCGGUCUCAGGCAACACCGAGCCCCCGCACACGGGAUCCUCUACUGGCACCACUUACGCACAUGCUAACAGUCGGCUGUUCACAUUUGAUGAUCGCACUGCUGAUAAUGCUCAUUUGAAAAAUAUCUCAAAAGGACCCGUAGCAUUCGGGAUGUCGGGACGACCGCCCCGCAUUGACUCCGCAGCACGACUGUCUUCUGUAAAGCCGCAUUUGUCGGUAAAUACGCCAGUGAGUCCGGAAACCAACUUGAACGAAAAAGCUCCUUGGAUGCUAGGGAGGACGACCCGUAAGCCGAACAAAAUCGGGCUGCCUCGAUUUAUAAACGAUUCUGAUUUUCAUGUUCCCGCUAGCAUUCAACUUCAAAACGACCGUCCUGUAUCUUCGCCAUAUAAAUUCGGUUUUGACGAUCGAUACUUAGGCGGUAGAAUUGCCAGACACGAAGAGUUCGAUGGAAUGGGCCGUGUCACUGGGUUCUAUACGAUAGAAGAUCCUGAUGGAAGGAAGCGCCUCGUUAAGUACGUGGCAGACGAGAACGGUUUUCGAGCUAGUGUAGUCACGAAUGAGCAAGGGACGGACAACCAAGAUCCAGCGCAGAUCAAAAUUCACUCUACGAGUCCGCACUACGUGCCAAAAACCAUCGAUACCAAUCCGGAUUCUAUAAGCGUCAUGUAACUAAUGAAAUGAGCUGUUAUAGUUAAAAUCUACGACUAUCAAUUUUUUGCUUUGCUCAGUUUGUCUAAAUAUGACCAUUUUUCAUUACAGCCCUAAUACUUCAUAUCUAAAAGAAGUAGAGAAACCCAACGGCAUUUGAAGGACCAGAACAAGAAAAUAGCCGAUUCAAUCACACGCCCAUAGAAACAACCGUUCUAUCGAUUAGAUAAGUUUGACAGAUUGUGCAUAAGGGAUGACGCUAAGUUACGCAUGUGUGAUAUCAAUGAGUCGCAUGAACAACGCAAUAUUAAUUCGGUUGUGCUUGACAAAGUUUGACCUAUUGACAGAAGCUACUGUUCUGGAAUCAGGCAAAAUCCACGUUGUAUUAUAUGCGCACAUUACACACAGAUAUAAAGCACAAAUGGUAACUUCCUGAGUACUAGUGCAUACGAGUGUGAGCACAAUACGAAACGAGCCUGAAAAAACAACUAUCAAAAACAAGUAACGAUGUGCGAUGCCGUUAACACGGAUCCGUGCAUCAGGACCUUCUAGAUUAGAAUCAUUUUAUUGACUGUAAGAUGUACAUUCUUAACGCUUUUAACCACCCUUCCUAUAAAGUGGUCCACCUCAGUCAUCCGGGUCGGGUCCGUUAUUCAUUACAAUUACCUUGGUAGCCAGAGAGAUUCUGCAAGAACUUGAGUCCUAUCUUACCAAUAGUCUGUAUAUAAAUACGCUGAGCGAGAUGUACUAUUCAACUGCGUAGUUACUGAGAGCGACGACGCCUCCUUCCACUGGUACUGCCUGUAGAUUCUGAAAUAAACGGUGUGUACAAUAACGACAAAAGUCCAGUUA